AUGGCCCACCAUCCACGGCCGCCGCCGCCUCCCAUAGAGCGGGUGGUCUUUGACGACUAUGUCAUACGCACAUGGUACACGAGCCCAUACCCGAUCCAGGCACCGACGCUAUGGAUUUGCCAUGGGUGCUUGAAGUACAUGCGCUCAGCGCACACGUUCCACGCACAUCGCCGCACCUGUACUUAUACACAUCCACCGGGUCGAAAGGUGUACCAGCGUGGAGCGCACAUUCUGUGGGAGGUGGAUGGUGCUCAGCAAAAGCUGUAUGUCCAGAAUUUAUGUCUGCUCGGCAAGCUAUUUAUCGACCACAAGACGGUGUUUUUUGAUGUGGCACCUUUUUGGGCGUACGUAUUAACCGACGCCUCGAGCCAAUUUGAUCAUGUGCUGGGAUUUUUCUCCAAGGAAAAAGUCUCGUACGAUCACUACAACCUUGCUUGCAUCGUCGUAUUCCCACCGUACCAGCGACGGGGAUACGGCACCCUGCUUAUGGAGUACAGUUACUAUCUUUCCCGCUCAGACGAUACACCUGGCACGCCGGAACGUCCGCUGUCCGACCUCGGCCUAAAAGGGUAUAUGGCGUAUUGGUCGGCACAGCUCGUCCGCACUUUACUCGCCGCCUACUCGCCGGAGGGCGCGAUGAUCCGCGCCAUCUUGGCCGGGCACAAGCCUCCUGCGCCACACUCCAUGCCCACCUCACCGUCCCCCCGGCGGCGGCGACGACGACGUGGCGGAUGGGCUGGCGAAGAGCGAGUUGAGCGGCCCGACGAGCCGCUAACAUCCAUCCCACACGCAUCGAUACCCAUGACCACGACGCUCGCACGCAUCGCUGACGCAGCCGGUCUGCGAAGCGACGACGCCACAUUAGCCUUGGCCCAUGCGGGUCUGUUGGUUUCGACCUCCUCGGCCUUUAUCCUGUCCCUGGAGGCGAUUCAGCAGGCGGCUCAGCGGCUCUCACUGCGGCCACCGAUCCUCGAUGAGGGAUACUGCCUCUAG